AUGGGCCGAAUUCGAGAUAAAGUUACACCAACUUUGAGAAAAGCUCUUGAAGAAAUUGGACUAAAUGUCGGUCCACCGCCAAAUCCAGAACAUCCGAACUUUAUGCCGAGAUGGGAUUUUUCUCAAUCAACUGAAAAAAUCACAGUGACGAUUUAUGUCAAAACAUGCGAUCCAAAUUUAACGUACGCCGAGAGUUCUGGCUCAGAUUUGACGAUAUUUGCUUGUUUUGGAUGGUUCAAGAGACUGGUCAGCUUGAAAAUCGCAGACUUUCAUGAUGAAGUCAAAAUCGAAACAGCACUUCUAACGAUGUCUCCUAACAAGGUCGAAGUUUCGAUGAAAAAACAAACCGCUGGGGAAAUCACCUGGCCAAAGGUUCACGGCUCGAGUCCGCCAGAAUUGAAGCACGAGGGCAUUCUCAAUCCAGAACCACCAAAGCCUGUCGAUAUUUCCGAACCAAUCGUUGAAGAACCAGAAGAUGGCGAAGAUGAUGAACCGCCAGAGAUGGAGGAAGAUUACAAGACAUAUCGAACUGGGGGUAUUUGGCAACCAGACGCUCAGAAAAAGUCGAAAAAAGAAUCAGCUCUAGAAAAACGCGCCCGAUACGUAGAACAGCGAGCUCGAGGCCUUAUUCCCGAAGCUGGAAAGAACACCGAACCAGACUACGAUUCUGAAGAAGAGGAAGAAAUCAUCAAAGCCGAAUUGGCGCGAUUGCCGGCAGAAAUGCGCGCUAGAAUCAAGGUCUGCCUGAAGAGCAACGAGGACGGAGAUGAUGAUGAUUUGGAUGGCGUCGAACAAAUCGAUUGGGUCGAGUCGAAAGAUGCAAAAACUUUGAUGAAAAACUCCAGCUACGUCGAUGGCCAAAACAGCGAUGUGUUAAACAUUCAAUAA